CUGGAUAAUUAUUAACGAAUAUGUAACUGGUAAAUUUCUACACGACGUUCUUACAGCAACAAAAAAAAUAAAUAAAAGACAUUCACCCACCUCGACUAAAGAAAAAUACGUUGAGUAACCAGUUGACUUAACUAUUAUUUUGGAGAUGACCACUGACAAUUACGAGAAGUACAUAAUAUAGUAUAUGUGCACCAGUGGGUGUCGCUUUGGUUAAAUUGGUAAAUGGUCGAAUUGUAUGCCACCAUACCUUACCCCAAACCUCAUCAGAUUGUACCUCUAUUUCCCAAACAAUGGGGCUAGCUUGACACACAUUCCAUAUACAGUGGGUCAGUGGCACCAUGGGUGUCAUCGGUUCAUCACGCCCAUUUGUGCACUUUCUUGCGUGACUUAAAAGCUUACAGCCAUCCGCCAGUGCCUUUUGUCGACCAUCUUAAUCUGAUCCACGUCUGCGCUUCGCGGAGUCCCCGUGUCAUGCAGCUCUGAGUCUCUUGUCCUGGAUUUCAUCCAUUUAGCUGAAACUUUAUUUCACAUUCUCACCUUUGAAAAGCUCUGUUUCCCAUUUUCACUGCAGUAACAUACUGCAGCCGUGAGCCCAUACGCCAGCUGCUUUCAGCCCGACUUUUUUUUUAAAAAAAUAUAUAUAUAAAGGAAGAUAUAGGUACGCGUUUUCUGCAUGAUUGUCCGACCGCUCCAUAGGGGAUUGGUAAAUGACACUUUGGGUUGUGGUGGUGGCUGCGUCACUGAAAGAAGUGGUGCAUAUGAAGCAGCCUAGGAUCCAACAAAAGAUAGCCGAGCCGAGUGUUGUUUUUUAUUUUUCUUAUUAUUAUGUGCUAGCGUGUUGCCAGUAGGCGGAAUUGUUAAGAUAUUGCUGCAGUGAAUCAAUCUCUUCAAGAGUACGCCACCCCGCUGAGCUGGGGAGGUAGGGGCGGAUCGGUGGGGGGAUAGGCUCUGCCCCUACCCCACUUCCUGACAUCAGCGUAUAGCUCUUAGUUUUGUAACGGGCAUUGAUACGAGCCAGGCGCACAUCAUUCUGUGGUAAACACCGGAGGUCCUUUAAUGCCGACGCGCGCUCAAGGGAGACGUGAAUACACGAGGAAGAGUUUAAAAGGAUAAAAGCUGACUGUGGCCUGUAGGGCAACAAAGGUUUCUGAGCUUCGAAUUCUCGUUAAGUGCAACUCCAGUGAGUGUCAGUCGCUUGUAAAGCGAGCAGGCUGUGCAAACUUCCCACCCCCUUCACCACCUUACUGUGAACACGCAAGAUCAACAUGUGGGUGAGAAGGCAGAAUGGAGGUGCACAUCACUUCCGGUUGGCCAGCGUGGGGUAGGCACAGCGCGCCCUCUGUUCGGCAUGUAUAAUGAUGCCCGGCCAAGCCUGACUCGCGGCUAGGACCCGUGCACCGAGGAAAAUGGAAGCUGGUCGUUCUGCUUCACCAGCUACGCGUCGACCUCGACAUCAAAGACGAAAGCCGCAGGCGGCUCCUGUCUGUCAUCCACGUGACACAACAACCCCUCAACAUCGACAAAACGAUAUUUCCUGUAGCACGGGUACGCCCCCCGCCCACACCGUGCCCUCCUGCUCACGUAGGACGUGGGCUCGCCGUACUGUGUGGCUAGUGACCUUGCUGACCCUGCUGCUACGUGUGCGUCACGUUUUUCAGGAAAGUGCAUGGUGGAUUCUACACCCGGAUGAGAUAUAUCAAUCCCUAGAAGUUGCCUACUCCGAGCUCCACGGCUAUGGCUUCCGAACUUACGAGUUCCUCCCUCCGGCGGGAAAAGACAACCCCUCCUUGUACUCGCAAAAGAGAGACAACUCGGGAUGUACGCCCUGCGUUCUCCGCUCUUCCCACGCUUCUACUCCGCCGUAUUAUGAAGAGUGUCCAGACUCCACGAUAUUUCUAUUAUAUUACACCAGGGGCACCCACGGGGUGUGGAGAGUGGCACACAUAGUCGUUUCGUCUCUCCUUCCUCUGGCGGCCUACAGGCUAGUGAGGUCUGUCUUCAGAUGUCGGGACACCGGGGUGGUGGCGGCCAUGCUGGCAGCAAGCUCCGUGUUCACCAAUGUAGUCGCCACGCACACCCUCAUCCACGGCUUCCUGGCGCCCAUUUUAUUUUCCUCCCUGGCCGGAAUCCUGUCCUACCUCUGUCCCAAAGAGGACUCGGAGAGAACGCCAGCGCCUGCGCAGUGGCUGGAUGUCUGGCCGGCGUGCUGCUGGGUGUGUGACGACGUUUACUUUUACGGUUUCUUCACCGUUACACCCUGGAACUGGUUCUGGUUCAACGUGGCGUCCGGCGUGCAGGCUCAGCUGUUUGGAACCGAUUCCAUCAUGAUAUACCUUCAUGAGCUGUUAUGGAAAAAUGCAGGAAUGCGCAUGCUUUUUGCGGCUAAUGUCAUUGCACUGGUUCUAAUGAUCCGUCCUUCGCAAGAAAGAACAAAUAAAAUUUGUUUCAGGACGGAAAAGACAUUUAGAUUCAUCUCAUGUCUGUUGAUUAUGCUCGUUAUUUUUUCCCUCCAAGGCCACAAGGAGGUUCGUUUCAUCUACAACGCAAUGGUGGUGUAUUUGUGUAUUUCUGCAGCCAGCAUUGUUUCCCUGACACACAUGUUCCUCAAAAAGCUCAGUUUUAGAGCUGUAUCUGUUGCUAUGGUGACGAUCCUCUAUGCAGUCUCCCAGUGGCUUGACUUUCCGACCCCAGGUGACCUGUCCGCCAGAACUUGGACAUAUAGGGAAUCCAUGGACAGCUACGAUGUUAGCCGGUGUGUUCGUUUUAUUUCUAGACAAACUGAUGUGAGAGGUGUGUUUAUAAACAAACAUUUGUAUACAUUCGGUGGCUACACGAUGCUUGGACAUGACGUGCCUAUCUUAGUUCGGACAUUCAGUGGCUACCAUGAAUAUGGAUUUUCUGCCAGAACUAAAACAACUUCGCGAAACUGGUUCGGAUCUUCAAAGGAGAUUUCGAUAGCCACGUCCAGCAAGGUUUCGAAUUUAUUUUCUGAUUUCAACAAACCACAUCUUUUGCUCCAUCUCAUCACCCACACGGAAUACAACUACUUGGUGCUGGAUGUCGAGGACGAUUUUUUUCAAGCGAGCUUCAAAGAGGUUUACGUCCAUGGACCCCUGAAAGUCCUGAAGCGCUUGGGAUCGAAGGCUGACGAAACAAAAACUGUCAGCCCUACUUCCGGCGCUCAAAGUAACACCGUCGGCAGACAUCCUGGAGAAAGAAGCUCAGGAAUUAUUCGCUUUUGGUUUAAAAGAACGGGCCGACGAAAGAUACAAAGAGGCUCAACAAAUAAAACGGAGAUGAAACCUAAAAAUAAAUGGGAAAUGAAAAGAGUCUGUUCGUCUUCAUGACAAUUUUUCUUUCUU